UAAACCCUAAAACAUCAGCCACAACCGAAGUCUAAUCUCUCACACUCGACAGCUCGGUCUAAUCUCAAUCCGAUGCACUGUCCUCAAACCCAGAAAAGUCCAUGCCUCGCCAAGCAUCAUCAACAUGCAUCCCCUUCGACUUCGACCCCACACGCAUCGUACCCAGAAUUCCUCAUCCCCUCUCUCCACCAAACCCAUACAGCCCCGUGUUCUUCACCCUCCAAUCUCUAUAAUAUACCUCUAAUCCACAGAUUUUACACUCUCUUUCGCACAAUCUAAACGGGAGAUCGAGCUCUAAAUGGGCGGUAAUGGGAAACACAGGUGGAAAAUCUCAUUCCAUCGUUAUAGCUCCAGCUCUAGCUCUAACUCUAAGAUGGAGUCCAAGCAACCCAACAAGGAAUUCAUCUGCCCCAUUUCCCGCUCCUUGAUGUCCGACCCUGUCGUCGUCUCUUCCGGUCAAACCUUCGAGCGCAUCUCCGUACAAGUCUGCCGGGACCUUGGGUAUUCGCCCAAGCUCGAGGAUGGGUCCAGACCAGAUUUCACUACCGUGAUAUCGAAUUUGGCCAUCAAAUCCACGAUCCUCAACUGGUGCGAGAGUUCGGGUACGGAUUACCCUCGCGCACCGGAUUAUCGCACAGUAGAGCAACUUGUCCGGUCGGAGAUGGCGGCGGAUAGGAAUUCGGGGCCCAAGAUUAGGGUUUCUGAGCGGGAGUUGUUGAGGGGUGUGGUGGAUAACCCGCCGGUGAUUUUCUCCCACGCGGCGACUGAGUUGGGUCACCGAGUCAACCACUUCUACUCGAGCUCGUCGGAGGAAUCGGUUGUAAUCGCGGGGAGUCCGGCCACUCCUUUGCCACUUACGACUCGGCCUUCUUGCUACUCGUCCUCCCCUCCUUCCUCUGAAAUCGUCGAGAACGAAACCCUAACUCAAACCCUAAACCCUCACUCUCUGACUCCCGAAGAGGAACAAUUUCUCGCGAAGCUGAAGAGUACCGAGGUGUUCGAACAAGAAGAAGCAGUUAUUUCGCUGAGAAAGCUCACGAGGACCAGAGAAGAUCUCAGGGUUCCUCUCUGUACCCCUCGGAUACUCUCAGCCGUCCGAACACUUAUAUCAUCCAAGUACGCCACCGUACAAACCAACGCCAUCGCUUUGUUGGUGAAUCUCUCUCUGGAUAAUCGCAACAAGGUGCAGAUCGUAAGGUCAGGAUUCGUCCCCCUUCUAAUCGAAGCGUUGAUGGACGGAACCAGUGAAUCGCAGGAGCACGCGGCCGGUGCGCUCUUUAGCUUAGCGAUAGAGGACGAGAACCAGAUGGCAAUCGGAGUGUUGGGGGCUUUAGCGCCUUUAUUGCACUCGCUGAGGUCCGAUAGCGAGCGGACUCGGAACGAUUCGGCCCUGGCUCUGUACCAUCUGACGCUGGUACAGAGUAACAGGGUCAAGCUCGUGAAGCUCGGAUCCGUGCCGACCCUGCUGGCAAUGACGAAGGACAGGAACUUAGCUAGCCGGGUGCUGUUGAUAUUAUGCAAUCUGGCGCUAUGCACGGAGGGGAAGUCGGUAAUGCUGGACGCGAAUGCAGUGGAGUGCUUCGUGGGAUUGCUGAGGAAGGGGGAGGUGGAAUCGGAAGCUACACGGGAGAACUGCGUGGCGGCUUUGUGGGCACUGAGUCAGGGGAGCAUGAGGUUCAGGGGGUUGGCGAAGGAUGCAAGAGCGGGGGAGGUGCUGAGGGAGAUAGAGGAGAGAGGGAGCGAGAGGGCGAGAGAGAAGGCGAAGAGGAUAUUGCAGAUGAUGAGAGGGAGGGAGGAGGAGGAGGAGGCGGCGACGGCGAAGCCCUGGGAGGGGGUUUUAGACUCCAGUAGUGGAGUUAGUCGGAAUCGCUAUAGAGUUGGCGGCGGGAGGAACAUGAACGGUCCAAAUUCAACGACCUUUUGAUAUUGGUUUCAAGAAAAAAGGGAACAGACAGAGACUGUUUUGUUUUUCUUAAAUGUUGGUGGUGUAAUUAUCGGUUGGAAACGUUGAUGUAGUUUUGAUGGGUUAUAUGGGAUUUUGAGAUAUUUGUUAAUUAAUAUUGUUAUUUGUAAGUGGUUUUUGUCUUUUGAUUGUGAAUGUGUACAUUUUAGCGAAAAUGGACUGAAAAUAUACGCGAGAUGAUUUUGAUU